ACUUUGUUCUCCGCGGAGAAACCCAAGGGCGGUGCCGGUACUAGCUGCGCACGCGCGCCGCCUCAUUUCCGGUGCUCUCUUUCGCUGGGUCGCUCGGGUCGGCUUCGGUCGCCGUCGCUCCCGCUCUCCCACCUUCGCCAACCGUCGCUCGGGCCUCUGCCGCUGCCGCGUCGCUUCCUCGAUCCCUCGAUCGCACAUCCUCCCCAAUGCAGCGCCGGGACGACCCCGCCGCGCGCAUGAGCCGGUCCUCGGGCCGCAGCGGCUCCAUGGACCCCUCAGGUGCCCACCCCUCGGUGCGUCAGGCGCCGUCUCGGCAGCCGCCGCUGCCUCACCGGUCCCGGGGAGGCGGAGGGGGGUCCCGCGGGGGCGCCCGGGCCUCGCCCGCCACGCAGCCGCCGCCGCUGCUGCCGCCCUCGGCCACGGGUCCCGACGCGACUGUGGGCGGUCCAGCGCCGACCCCGCUGCUGCCCCCCUCAGCCACUGCCUCGGUCAAGAUGGAGCCGGAGAACAAGUACCUGCCCGAACUCAUGGCCGAGAAGGACUCGCUCGACCCGUCCUUCACUCACGCCAUGCAGUUGCUGACGGCAGAAAUUGAGAAGAUUCAGAAAGGGGAUUCAAAAAAGGACGAUGAGGAGAAUUACUUGGAUUUAUUUUCUCACAAGAACAUGAAGCUGAAGGAGAGGGUUCUGAUACCUGUCAAGCAGUAUCCCAAGUUCAAUUUUGUGGGGAAGAUCCUUGGACCACAAGGGAAUACAAUCAAAAGACUGCAAGAAGAGACUGGUGCAAAGAUUUCUGUGUUGGGAAAGGGCUCAAUGAGAGACAAGGCCAAGGAGGAAGAGCUGCGCAAAGGUGGAGACCCCAAAUAUGCCCACUUGAAUAUGGAUCUGCACGUCUUCAUUGAAGUCUUUGGACCCCCGUGUGAGGCUUAUGCUCUUAUGGCCCAUGCUAUGGAGGAAGUCAAGAAGUUUCUAGUACCAGAUAUGAUGGAUGAUAUCUGCCAGGAGCAGUUCCUAGAGCUCUCCUACUUGAAUGGAGUACCAGAGCCCUCUCGCGGACGUGGGGUGCCGGUGAGAGGCCGGGGAGCUGCACCUCCUCCUCCACCUGUUCCCAGGGGCCGUGGUGUUGGACCACCUCGGGGGGCUUUAGUGCGUGGUACACCAGUGAGAGGAGCCAUCACCAGAGGUGCCACUGUGACUCGAGGAGUGCCACCCCCACCUACUGUGAGGGGUGCUCCAGCACCAAGAGCACGGACAGCAGGCAUCCAGAGAAUACCUUUGCCUCCACCACCUGCACCAGAAACUUAUGAAGAAUAUGGAUAUGAUGAUACAUAUGCAGAACAGAGUUAUGAAGGCUACGAAGGCUAUUACAGCCAAAGCCAAGGGGACUCAGAAUAUUAUGACUAUGGACAUGGGGAGGUUCAAGAUUCUUAUGAAGCAUAUGGCCAAGAUGACUGGAAUGGGACCAGGCCAUCACUGAAGGCCCCUCCAGCUAGGCCGGUGAAGGGAGCAUACAGAGAGCACCCAUAUGGACGUUAUUAAAAACAAACAUGAGGGGAAAAUAUCAGUUAUGAGCAAAGUUGUUACUGAUUUCUUGUAUCUCCCAGGAUUCCUGUUGCUUUACCCACAACAGACAAGUGAUUGCAAACUCCUGAGGCAUUUCUUGGAGUAGAAUGGGUAGUGAAGACCCAUGUCAGCAUCAGAGGACUCCCGGAAACCAGGAGAGCCGCCUGCUGUGUCAAGGCUGGCCUGAGGGCAUUUGCUGAGCACAGAGAGACCCAGGAGAGGAGAUCAACAGUCUUUUCCCACCCACCUCUUGAUCUGUCUGAUUUACCCACAGAAAGCCACCCAGAAUCCCCUAAGAGUCCCUAGGCCCAGAAUGGAGUCCUUAGGGCUACAGGGGGCUGUGAUGCUAACAGGACUUUAAAGAAUUGAAGGGGACUAACAGUAUCCUCAGCAUGGCCUCCUAGAUGUGAAUAAACUGGCAGCUCUUACUGUGUCA